AUGAGCCUUCGCCUGCCUCUCUGGGAAGGCAAAUUCGCCACCAUCAUCAGCGCCUACGCUCCACCGAUGACAAACCCCGACGUCGCACGAGACAAAUUCUACGAGGACCUGCACGCCCUCUUGGCGACUGUGCCGAAGGCGGACAAGUUGAUUGUCCUUGGUGAACUCAACGCCCGCGUCGACACAGAAAAAACUGCCUGGAGAGGAGUGCUGGGUCCCCACGGUCUCCGCGGCUCCAACGACAACGGCCUGCCGCUGCUCCGCACCUGCGCAGAACACCGCCUCAUCCUGGAGGCAUCCUCGGUCGCGUCAGUGGCACCUGCUGGACUAUGUCCUCGUCCGCAGGCGAGAUCAGCGGGGCGUGCUGGUGACGAAGGCGAUCGCGGGUGCUGACGGGUGGACCGACCAUCGCCUCGUCAUCUCAAAGAUGCGUAUUCGUCUACAACCUCGCAGGCGACCACAAGGUAAGCGACCCCCAGGUAAGCUGAAUGUUGCCUCGUUGUCUUUGCCCGCUCAUCAUCCUCAUUUCAGCAAUGAGCCAGCUCAACGGCUAGACAACCUUUCUAUCGCUGCCGACGACGCCGCUGUCGAGAACGCCUCCGUGGAGAACCGCUGGUGUCAACUGCGAGACACGGUCCAGUCGACGGCGCUCGCCGUCCUCGGUCGCGCUCCCCACCAACACCAGGACUGGUUCGACGACAACGACGCCGCCAUCAGAAAUCUGCUAGCUGAGAAGAACCGCCUACACAAAGCCUAUGUAGACCACCCCACUGACGACAACAGAGCUGCCUUCUACCGCAGUCGCACUAGUUUCAACAACGGCUGCGCGAGAUGCAAGACACCUGGACUGCUCGCAAAGCUGAGGAGAUCCGAGGGUACGCGACCGCAACGAGUGGAAGAACUCCUUCUCUGCUAUCAAAGCUCUCUACGGUCCGCCGACGAAGGGCACUGCUCCUCAACCGCCCCUCCGCCAUCUCCGACGUCGCCAUCGAGCGCAAGUUUGACGCAAGUGGAGACCAACGUGGACCUCGAUCAUGCAGAAAUUCGGCUGUCCGGAGUGAUUCACUCAGACGGUGCGUCAGCUGCGCGACGGUAUGAUGGCACGAGUCACGGACAACGCAGCGGUCUCGGAGGCUUUCGCAGUGACCAACGGAGUGAAGCAGGGAUGCGUGCUGGCGUCUUCCCUCUUCAGUCUUAUGUUUUCUGCCAUGCUGAUGGACGCCUACCGCGACGAACGCCCUGGAAUCCGCAUCGCCUACAGAACGUACGGUCAUCUCCUGAAUCAACGGCGGAUGCACUUCUAAUCACGCGUCUCCACAACCACCGUUCACGAAACUCUCUUCGCCGACGACUGCGCCCUGAACACCACCCCGGUGGAGGAGAUGCAAUGGAGCAUGGACCUCUUCUCUGCCGCCUGCGAGAACUUCGGUCUGGUCAUUAG